AUGGAGUCCUCCGCCAUUGCUACUCGAAGCUCUACUCGUACUAACAAAGCCAAAUUGGUCUCUGAUCCUCAACCACCCAACUCCAAAAAGCCCAAAACAAACACCUCUGGUAACAACGGCGCCUCUUCUUCAAUGGCGUCGAAGAAAAUUGCAAAUACAGAAUCCUCUGCAUCCGCCAUUGUUACCAGAAUCUCCACUCGCCACGGCAAAGCCAAAAUCAACUCGCCUUCUGCUGAGACUCAACAACCCAAGUCCAAGAAAAGGGCAAAUGCUGAGCCCUCUGCUAUUCUGACUCGCAGUGCCAAAGGCAAAGCCAAAUUGGAGUCUGAAUUGCCUUCUGCUGAUACGCAUGAUUCCGUGCUGUCCAUGAAAUUAGCGAAAUUAACCAUCUCUGAAAACAGGGCCUUGUUAUCUCCGGCGCCCAAGAAAAUGGCAAAUGUGAAACCCUCCACCAUUCUCACUCGCAGCGCCAAAGGCAAAGCAAAAAUGGAGUCUACUUCUGCUGACUCUGAUCAAUCACCACCCAAGUCCAAGAAAAGGGCAAAUGUGGAGUCUUCAACCACUGUUACUACUCGCAGCUCGGCUCGCAGAGCCAAAGGCAAAGCAAAACUGGAGUCUAACUUGCUUUCUGCUGAGAUUCAAUCACCAUCCAAGUCCAAGAAAACGAAAUUAACCAUCUCUGAGGGUAAUGCUCUGUUCUCUCCGGCGUCCAAGAAAAGGGCAAAUGUGCAAACUUCCACUAUUUUGACUCGCAGUGCUAAAGACAAAGCCAAAGAAGAAGAACCAUCAAAGUCCAAGAAAGCCAAAACCGCCAUCUUUGACGGUAGCACCUCGUCCUCUACGAUCUUAACUCGCCGUGGCAAAGCCAAAUUGGGUUCUGAUUCGACUGCUGCUGACCCACUACCACCUAAGUCAAAGAAGGCGAAAACAACAACUUCUGGGGGUAAUUCAUCGGUUACAAUUAGGGCAAAUGUGGAGCCUUCUUCUACCAGAGUGACAAGGAGUUCGACUCGCAAUUCUAAAAGCCAUUGA